AUGGCCAGCAGCUCUUCGGGCGCCAUGGAGGGCUGGCGCCAGGCGGUGACGGAUCUAGAGGAGGCCGUGUGGAAAGGCAUUGCUUUUCCAGAGCUGCACACCGCAGCGGGGCAGCUUAUGGCGGAGCUCGCAGUCAAGGGCUUUCUGCCCGAGGUCUUCGCGGCAGCUAUGGAGCAUCCACCGGUGGUGGGAGCCGCCGGCACCACGCUGCCGCAAGGGCGGGAGCCCUCGGACGUGACGGCGCCACGCGCGCCACGGUUCCAAGGCAUGAGCAUCCCGGGAUACAACAUGAAGCCUCUGCAGCGCUUCGAGGAACGCGCCUUGCGGCUUUGGGGGGACGAGGAGGUGGAAGAGAAUUGGGAUCCAAUCCGCCUGGGGCUGUCUUACAUCGACCUCACACCCGCCUGCGACCUGCCGCUGCAGGUGGCCAUGUGCUUCCUGAGUGCGGCCCUGUGGCUCUGGCGGGGGCUCGAGCUUCUGGGGGACGACUGUGGGGGCGAUGCCUGGCUGGACCUCUACAUCUUCGAGGACAUUUGGGCCGCGCCGCCCAGCGCAAAGAAGCUGGCCAUGCAGUACAGCCUGAAGCGCGCCAUCCUGGAGUUGGUGGACUACGCGGCCAACAUGGCGGAGCACCAGCUACUGCCAGGUGCGCGUUUGGCCGUGCAGCGGGUGGGCUUUCUGCUGCUGCGGAAGGUGACUGCGCGCUUCGGGGCCCCAGAGGACGGCACGAAGGUUUUAGCCCAGCUCAAGCGCUUCUUUGCCGCCGCGCGGGUGAACCCGCUCUGGUCCGUCCCUCUGCUGCCGGUGGCCGAUGCCGUCUUUAUUGACAUUCUCGCAGGGAAACUCCAUUCUGCCUACCUUGAGAAGCUCCACGAGAGCGACGCUCAGGUGCUGCCGCAUGCUGUUCCUGAGUACACGCUCUACGAGGCCGCACUUCUGGGAGGCAGCGAGGUGAAUGUCACCUACGCACGCUACGAGGUGAUGGGUGCUUUGCUCCGCGACACCCAGCGGACCUGGCAAGAGGUGGAAUCCCUGCUCACUGGCGGCCCCUUCCAGCAGGAUGCCGCGGGCUUCGCCUUGGGCCGCGCGAGCCUCGCGGAAGGCUCGGGGCCCAGCCGCGCCGAGUUCGCCGCGGUGCGGGGCCUGCGCAUCGACGCCAGCACUGGCCAGGCGAGCCUCAUCCUGGCGCGCCCGUCGGCGCAGGCAAAGGCGCUGCUCUCGCUGCAGGACAUCGCGGCGGUGCUGAGUCUGCCGGACACCGAGCCUUUGGCGCUGAUGUUGGACCCCCCCAGUCAGAAGGGCGCUGGCAUGGCGCAGUACCCGCACCACCCCUUCCAGAAAGCAGCGGUGAGCCCUGGCCGUGGAGCGGGUAUCGAAGAGGCCUUGGUGCAAGCGGCCCUGGCGGUGCAGCACUUGGCCUCCGGCACGGAGGUAUCGUUUCGCGCGCCCUUCCCCACGCGGCCAUGUGACGAAGGCGUGUGCCGCGUGUUGCCGAAGGCGCUGCGGGAGAAGCUGCAGCCCAUUCGUCAGCUGCGGACGGAGGCCUGGGACGUGCCUUCCAGGCUGGUGCUGGAAUGUCCCAGGAUUCCGUAUUGGCAAGCUCCGGCCGGGAACAUCAUGGAGAUACGGUUCGGCGACCCAAAGCUGGAGGUUCAUGCAGGGCAGCCGCUUCGAGAGCUUAACGAGGAGGAGUUUCGGAAGUGGCCUGUGGGGCGACUGCAAUUUGCUUUGAACCAAGUGGAGAAGGACGGCGAUCGCCUCGCAGAGCGGAAAGAGGAUUUGCCCUUGGAAGAUCCUGGGGUGGGCCGGAAGACAUGGGGACUAGGUAAUCAGGAGCUGGGCAGCAACCGUUUGGAGCAGCUUCCGGCGUUGGAGAAGCAGGAGCUGGUUGACCGGCUGCUCCGUGCUGCCGAGCGAGGCCUGUUGAUUGAAGACGAUGAGGAGACCGGCGAGCCUUUGGUGCGCUUCUCCCGGCGGCUCACGCAUCUGCUGCCGCAGGUGGGGCGGCGCUGGCCACACCUGGCCCGCACCUCGCCCGGAGAAGCGAAGCGGCCCCGCCGGGGGAAAACGUGUCAGCGACACUGCUCCCUUUUUUUGGAGGGAACUUGUUUGGGGCGGGUUGAGGCAGCAUACUUGCUUUCAACAUGGCGUACCUUGUUGUUAUUUGUUUUUCACGCGGGGCCCUUUGUUUCACGAUAG